UCUGUUAUGUAUGCAGAUGCAAACAACGCUUGUCUGUUGGAAAGUGCAGAAUUAAUAAGGAUGGAUUCUGUGGAGAAAUACAACGUCUUGAAGAAGUUGAUAGAGCUGACAGCUGACAUAUCGACAGCUGAGGCCUGGAUUCAAGGAAAGAAGUCAAACGGAAUUUGGGAGUUUCAUGAUGGUACACAGUUCCCGGAUUUCUUCUGUCCUACAAUACUAACGAACGGCCCAAGAGAAAACCGUAUUAGGUUAAAGGCGUCUGAUAAUUUUAACUGCCAUGACACUCACCACGACUAUAAGUACGGAUUUGUUUGUGAGUUCUUUGUCAAUAAUUGAUAACUGCCCUUUCCAAGAAAAAAAAGGAUAAUGUUCAUUUUAAUAUUUUUCUCCUACAUGUUGGUUUUGUUUUCAUUUUGAAGAUGCAAUAAAAGUACAUGUAAUUGGGUAGAACUGGUAGAAUUUGUGAAUAACAUUUACAAGUGAGUAUCUUCCAAUAAAAAUUGUGACUGAAAGACAAGGAAGUCGGAGAAUAGGUGUUAUUAUUUUUUUGGUAAAAUAUAUUUUAAGUAGAUUUCAAACAUUUAAAUUAAAUGGAAAGGAUGUAUUCUUUUCUAUUUCCUUCCCUUAUGCGUUUAGAUAAAAUUAAUUAAACAAUGGAACUAAAUAUAAUGGGGUACAUGUAUUUGAGCACUUCCCAAUUCUUAGGCAUUGGGUAUUUUAAAAUUUUCUUAUUCAGAACGUUUGAAACAUAAUUAUAUACAGCACUCAAUUAGUAGGAAUCAGGGAGGACAUGCAGAUUAAAAUGAUUGUGCAUUACCAAUAAGGCACACAGGGUAAAAUAUCUCAGAAAAUUUAACUAUAAAGACACCACUACUUAUUAAUAUUUCAAUCAAAAUGGCAAAAUCGUUGUUUCAUUAA